CUGCCUUGUCUCUUGGCACUCUCACAUCAUCCAACAACCUCUUACCUUUUUCUCUUUCUCUCUCUAACUCUCUUUCUCUCUCUUCUUCUCCUCUUCUUGAAUUUGACUUGGCAAACCCUAGCCUAAGAAUUUUCAUAGAACUCUUUCUUCUGUCAUUUCAAAUCGGUUUCCACUUUGCGUGAUUACAGAACAAGUUUGAAGGGUGUGGGAGAUGCUUCUUUUCUGUGCAAAUGCUUCUGAUUUCGUAGUUCGUUAGAGAGACUUGUCACUCUGUCAUGGCUAGGCGUCAUGGAUGGGAGCUUCCUUUUCACACUUUCCAGGUCGUGGCUAUAACAGUAUUUUUCUUACUAUCUAUUGCGUAUUAUGCCUUCUUUGCCCCUUUUCUUGGAAAGGACAUCUAUGAAUAUGUGGCUAUUGGUGUUUACUCUUUACUGGCUCUCUCUGUGUUCUUUCUUUAUGUUCGAUGCACUGCCAUUGACCCUGCUGAUCAGGGUGUAACGGUUGACUGUGACAAGUCGUCGAAGAAUAGAUCAAAACAUGAUGAAGAGUUGGCAGAACCCAGCAAGUUAGGACUAAAGGGUGAAGGAAUGUCUGAUCGGCAUAAUUCAAAUUGGUGCUCAAAAGUUGGGUGUUUCUUUUGUGGUUUUCUUGUUAGAGAAGACUGCCGCAGUAAUGAAGAUAGCGUUCCACAGCAGCAAUCUGGAGAAGAGGAUGCUUUGUUCUGCACUUUGUGCAAUGCUGAGGUGCGGAAGUUCAGUAAGCAUUGUCGAAGUUGUGACAAAUGUGUUGAUGGAUUUGAUCAUCAUUGUCGGUGGUUGAACAAUUGUGUUGGAAAGAAGAAUUACAUCACGUUUGUGUGUCUUAUGGCAGUGAGCCUUGUUUGGCUUAUUGUUGAAUGUGGAGUUGGGAUUGCAGUGCUUGUCAGAUGCUUUGUUGAUAAGAAAGGUACAGAGCACCAGAUAGCUGAAAAACUCGGAGCUGGAUUCUCCAGGGUCCCAUUUGCUACUGUAGUGGCCAUAUGCACGGCAGUUUCAUUCCUUGCAACUGUGCCUUUGGGAGAAUUAUUCUUUUUCCAUAUGAUCCUGAUACGGAAGGGUAUAACAACUUACGAGUAUGUUGUUGCCAUGAGAACUCUAAGUGAACCACCUGGUCCUUCAGUUGAUGGAGGUGAACAACAGAGUCUACCAUCAUCUCCUACUAGUUCAGCUGUCACUGCAAUGAGUGGAAGAAGCUCCGUUGGAAUGAGUUUGCAGUACAAAGGGGCCUGGUGUACACCUCCAAGGAUCUUUAUGGAUCAUCCGGAUGAAAUUAUACCACAUUUGGAGCCUGGACGACUACCAUCCACUGUUGAUCCAGAUGCAGUACAACAACUACCUGACAAAGGGAAAAAGUUGAACCAGCGCCCUGUCCGGAUAAGUGCAUGGAAACUUGCGAAAUUGGAUUCUAAUGAGGCAACAAAGGCGGCUGCUAAAGCUAGAGCAUCAUCGUCUGUGCUACGUCCAAUUAGUUCUCGACCUCAUGCAUAUGACGUCGAUCAUUUAUCCAGCAGCAAUGUGAGUGGAAGAAGCAGCCCAAUUAGCAAUCAAGGAUUUCAGAACAAAUAUGACACUGCGGGGACAUCAAGGUUAUCUCCUUCCAAGAGCUCAUACGCUCCUAGCCAAGCGAGCAAGGAUGAUAUAGAUGCAUCAUGUCAUCACAGUAUGAGCAACUUCAGCAGUCCACUGGUCUCAAACCUUACUCCUUCACCAAUGCAGAAGCCUAGUUUGAACAGAGACCAUUUCAACCCCAUGUAUCAACAACCAUCGGGAAACCAGUCUCCUUCAUCAGCCAAAGAAAGUGAGGGGAACACGAAUCCAGUUCAAGAAAAUGUGGCACGCGUUCCAAUGAGAAGCAACUGCUUAGCUGUUUCAGAUAAUAGAAGAUCGUCCGUGUUCUGGGACCAAGCUGCCGGACGCUUUGUGUCAUCUUCGUCUUCAUCAAGAGGUCCUGGCAGUUCCCAGAUAUCUGGAACAGAGUUAUUAUACACUGGUCGAUCUAUAUUUUUUGGCAGUCCCGUUGUGAAUGAACAGCCAAAUACAGGAACAAGAGUUAGCAGCUCAGUAGCUGGUAUUCCUGAUAGAGAUUCUACUUUAAGGGAUUUUCAGCAGGGUAGAUCACAUAGAGGUGGCCAGCUUCCUGUGUUUGUUCCUGGUUAUUCCCAGCAAAAUAAGUUCCCCUAGAUUGCCUCACUUGACCAUUAAUUUGUUACGGCAACUAUUUCUUAUCCUUUUUUAAUUUUAAAGAAAUUCUCCAAA